GCAACAACAACAGCAGCAGCAGUCGGACUCCAAGCAGAGCCUGGACAUGGCACAGCCGGCACAGAUAUUUCACACCAGCAGCAUGGACUGGACACUGCCCGUGAAUAGUCGCAGCUUUGGCAAUUUGGUGGACAUUGAUGGCGGCUGCCGUGUGCCGUAUCAGAAAAUGCCACAAUCAUCGGCGCUGGCCUCCUCCAGCUUUACGAUGAACUCCUUCGACAGUGGCAAUAACAGCAGCGGCGGCGGCGGCGGCAUACUCAAAGAGCUCGAGUCCCAGCCACAUGGCCACGCCCACACACAUUCGCAUCCCCAUCCCCAUCCGCAUCCCCAUUCGCAUUCGCAUCAUUAUCAUGGACACGAUGUGGGGCAUUCGUUGCUGCACCAUGGCCCAACUGGCGGCAUUCCGGCCACGCCGCAGAAACAUCAUCAGCUGCACUCGAGCGUCACGAGCAUCAUGCCAUGGAAGCAUCGACAGUGCCCCAGUCGCGGCUCAUCCAGUUCGGGCACAAAUUCCUUUCGCUUCGAUGCGGCCAAGCAUUGGCUGGCAGUCAGCUCGAUACUCUUGAUAAUUGGCGCUGCCAGCGUGGCUGUGCCCCUGGCGCUACGUGUUGCUGCAAGUGCGCCCUUUGAGGAGCGCUUACGCGUCGCUGUGCAGCUCUUGGAUCAAGUGCCUUUAAUCGAUGGGCAUAACGAUUUACCCUGGAAUAUACGCAAGUUCCUGCAUAACAAACUCAACGACUUCAACUUUGAUGAGGACUUGCGCAACGUUGUGCCCUGGGCGCGCAGCCACUGGAGCCACACGGAUCUCACGCGACUGAAGAAGGGACGCAUAUCAGCGCAGUUCUGGGCAGCCUAUGUGCCCUGCGAGGCGCAACAUCGCGAUGCGGUGCAGUUGACGCUCGAACAAAUUGAUGUGAUCAAAAGACUAACCGAUCGAUAUUCGCCGCAGCUAACCACCUGCACCUCGGCGCAAGACAUCAUCGAUGCCCACAAGAACCAACAGCUCUGCUCGCUAACUGGCGUCGAGGGCGGCCACUCGCUGGGCGGUUCGCUGGCUGUGCUGCGUACCCUGUAUGCGAUUGGGGUGCGGUAUAUGACACUGACAUCCACAUGCCACACACCCUGGGCCGAUUCCAGUUAUGCGGACGCGCCGACCUUCAAUAUGAAACACGGCGGACUCACCAUAUUUGGCAAGCAGCAGCAGCAGCUUGCGGCAGCAGCGUCGACUGAAUCGGCGGCAGCAGCAACGGCAGUGGACACAGUCAUGACAGCAGCUGCGACAUCAACAACAACAACAACAACAAGCACCAAGCUGGGCAAUGGCAAUGCGGGCGGCAACAACAACAACAACAGCAGCAGCAGCACGAAGCAAGGCAAACACAGGUCGAGGUCAUCCGCACGAUACGAUGACAUGGAAAAGCAGCAGCGGAAAAGUCGCGCCAUCGUCUCCAUACCGAACACCAUAAAGCUGAGCAUGUUGAACAGCGGCCUUUUGUCCUUCGAGCGCAUCAAGCUGGAGGCGCGGGAUGAGAACAAUUCGCUGUCGAAGACCAUACCGAAUGGUCCGAUUGAUGUGCGGCAUUUUCUCAAAUUGUGCGAUUUGCGUCGCAAAUUUCCGGUGCUGUAUAAAUUGGAAUUUCAGACGGCCGCCAAGGUGGAGACAAACACCUGCCGGCAUGCGCUCAAGAAGAACAAUCAGGAAAAGAAUCAGAAUCCCAAGUGCAUUCCAUAUGAUUACAAUCGGGUUGUGCUGCAGAAGCUGCCGGGUGUGCCCGACUCGGACUAUGUGAAUGCCUCCUAUAUGGACAGCCUGCUCAAGCCGAAUGCGUAUAUUGUUACCCAGGGCCCCGUCGAGGAGACAGUGAAUGCCUAUUGGCGCAUGGUCUGGCAGGAGAACAUCAGCGCCAUUGUCAUGCUGACCAAGACCUUUGACUUUGCCAAGGUCAUGUGCGUGCAGUACUGGCCCCCGAAUAUGGAGGUGCACGAGACCUACGGCGAUAUACACAUCAAUAUUGUGCGCGAGGAACAGUUGGCCAACUUUCACAUACGCACGUUCCGUUUGUACAAGAAGGGCGAACAGGGCGAGGUUACGGACGAGCGUCUGAUUUUACAGUUCCAUUAUACGGAAUGGUAUUCACACUCCUGCCCCUUCUCCAAUGCCCUGCUGGAGUUCAGGCGACGCGUUCGCCUCGUCGUGGGCAACAUUAUCCGGGACGAGGAUGAUGUCGAUAUGCGUGGACCCAUUCUGGUGCACUGCAGCGAUGGCGGCGGCCGUUCGGGCGUCUAUAUGUCCAUCGAUGCCAAUCUGGAGCUGGCCGAGGAGGAGGAGUGCUUCAAUGUCUUUGGCUAUCUGAAGAAGCUGCGUCAAUCGCGCAAGGGCCUGGUCGAGAACGUCGAGCAAUACAAGUUCAUCUAUGAUACGCUCGAGGAGCAUAUCAUAUGCGGCAAGACCUGGUUUCCCGUCUCCGAGCUCUCCGACCGGCUCAAGGCCAAGGCGCGCCGCAAUUCCGGCACCAAGAUGAACGAGUAUCAGUCGGAAUACGAUCAGAUCUGCAAGCAGACGCCCCGCUUCACCAUCGGCGACUGUGCCGGCGGCCAUCGGGCCGAUAAUCGAGAGAAGAACCGAGAUGUACUUUGCGUGCCGCCGGAUAAUUUUCGUCCAUAUUUGACCAGCUUUCAGGGCAACGCCUUUACGGACUACAUCAAUUCGGUCUUUGUGGACGGGUAUACAAAGCCGCGCGAAUACAUUGUCACCGAAUGGCCCAUGAAGCAUACCCUCGGCGAGUUCUGGUCCCUUGUCUACGAUCACGAAUGCUCCGCCGUGGUGGUGCUCUGCCAGCCGCCCUCCCAGUCGCAGCAGUAUCCAUCGUUCUGGCCGAACAAGUCGAAAAUGGAGAAAUACGGCCCGGUUUUUACCGUGCACUAUGUCAUGUCGAAGAGCUAUACGAAUAUCAAGCAGUGGGAGUUCAAGAUCAAUAAGAAAAUCGUUUCGCUGACCGAAAUGAUGGCCGGGGUCAAGGCCCCAACACGUACCGUCCAGCUAUUUCAGCUAACCUGCUGGCCCAUGGGCCACAAGGUGCCGAGCUCAACCAAUUCGCUGGUCUAUCUGAUGAAUAUGGUGGAGAUCUGGCGCAACAAGGUCGACUAUGGACCCGUCUGUGUUGUCUCGCCCGAUGGUCGCAGCCGUGCCGGUGUUUACUGUGCGGCCAAUGCGUGCAUCGAGCAGGUCAUACAGCACGGUGAGGUCGAUGUCUUUCAGGCCGUCAAGACCGUGCGGCGCAACCGUCCACAGCUGGUCGAGAAUAUGACCGAGUACAAGUACUGCUACGAUCUGGUGCUACACUAUGUUCUGCACUUUCUCAACAAGAAGGAUUGAGCUGUACUACAAAUAUGUUCUUCUUUAUUUUUUGGCGGUUCGAACCCUGCACUUUACCAAGUGCUGCAAUUUCUCAACAAGCAGAUUGAAGCCAAGAUCUUUACUUGGAGAAUUCGCACUUGUUUCGUGGCUUUGUUUGCCCACAAACAGGAUUCAGCUGUACUGAAAUUUUUUUGUCGGUUCGAACCAGCACUUUCUCAACAAACAGCAGAUUGAGCCGUACUAGAAUUUUUCUUGAGAAUUCAAAUCCGCUCAAGCAACUGCUUUAUGGUUAACAGUACCAAGUCCAAGUGGUCCACAUUUAUUGCCUACUAUCUAUUAUCUAGUUAAUGUCUACUCUACGAGAGCUUUAGAGCUGUAGAGCUUUAGAGAUCGGGGCUAGACUCGGCUUGGCACAGCCUUUAAGCAAUAAUACAGAGUAUUUUUGUUGUGCAUAACACACAAUUUGUUAGUUCUUUUGUUGUCUCUGGAAAUUCAAUUUCCCCCAUUUUAUUUGUAGGUCCACAAGUUCCUAACUGGACCAUAAAUAUAUGAAAAGUAAUUUAAUCAAAUGCAAAAGCCAUAAGUACUAUAUGAUCUGAUGUUUGAACUGUAUGUGCCAUGUCUAAUGCCCUAAUUGUUGUUGUUAUUACUAUAUAGAAAUAUAUAUAUAUAUAUACUAAAUAUAUGAAGAACCUCUUGAACUAUUACAAUUACUAUUUACGAUUAAAUACGAUUAUGUUUACGAUAUAUAUAUAUGAUUACGUUAACUCUUAAAACUUGCUACCUUAUACAAAUUGUUGAUAUAUAUCUAAACUUUACUGCAUACUAUAAAUGGAUAAUAUAUAUAUAUAUAGAUAUAUAUAUAUAUAAAUGUUAUGUUCUUGUGUAAAAGAAAGUCGCAUAGUUUUUAGGGGCUGGUCUUGAAAAAUGUUCGAAAUUGUAUUUUUUAUUCAUGUUAGAACAAAAACAAAAUAUUUAUUUAGGAGUAAAACGAAACGCAAACAGCAAACAACAAAACCCCAAGCUCGAUAAGAACAAAUUGUUGAUUUAUAUGGAAUGUACACACACCCAUACACACACAUGUCCAUACAUAUAUGCACGUAUAUGUGUAUGUCGCGUCUAUACUCGUAUAUUUUCGCAUUUAUGCAUUCGAAAUAAGAAAUAUUUGCCUAACAAUUCAAAUGCAUAUAACAAAAAAGCCCACACACACACACACACAGACACAAACGCACAACACUUAUAUUUAUAUACAUAUAUAUACAUAUAUUCUUAUAUUCUUGUAAAUGUAUUGAAUUUAUUUUUUUAAAUGUGAAUAAAUGUGUAUUUUGGAACGAUUCCGUACGAAACUUUAGAGUAGGUUACGAAAAAACGAAAACAAAUACCAAAAAAAAAAAAACAAGAGGAAAAAACACGGGAAAAACUA